CCCUGCCUACACUUGUCACGCAGGGUCACUGAGACGCACACGCACAAGAAACAAACAGUCUCGGCUGGGCUCCCUCUUCUCCAGGCGUCCAGAGGAGAAAGCGGGGGAGCGGGAGCUGAAGCGGUUAUUCCUUCAUCCCUUCCUCUCCUCUCCGGCUCGACCCCGUCAACUGGAGAUGGUUGGAUUUUUGGUUCGAGUGCAUGCCGCUGGUGGGUGGAUUGCUCUCGGGACUCUGAUUCUUGGCUUAUCUUUCCCUUGAUUGAGUGAGUGAUUGCGGCGGCCUCGGCCGUCUCGUCUCCUCUUGCGCGGAUUUUUCUUGGCAUCAAUCUAGUUUAAGCCAGAAAAGUAUUUCUGUGGAUCAUACAAGCGAGCAAGAUGGGCGGUUUCGUGGAUCCCUUCAUUCCGGCUCAGGACGUCGUGUUCACCGGCUCUUCCUGGUCAGGCACUGCUUCCUCUCUCGCCGAUGCUGCAGGCGCGUAUGGGGGAGCUGCACCAGACCAAGACAUAGGGUUCGACCUCCAAAACGGCCCCUCGCCGGCAUUCUUACAUGGCAGCGAGAAAGAAACUGUGUCACCUGUGGAGCUGCACGAGCAGCUCUUGCAAGGACAGCUUCAGGACGACGUGACGCAGGGCCUGAACUUUGAAGUGGAGUGUGCUCUGAUGGCCGGCACGCUGGGCUCGGUACUGAGCACACCUUGCGCGAUAUCCCUUGCCGACAGCGCCCCGGUGGUGUGCAGUUCCAAUGACAGCAGUGGGAGUGAGCACUCCGGCCUGCCUCAGUUCCUCUUGGAAGAGCAACCUAUGCCGGUACCAGCUGCGUGGCCUUCAACGUUUGCGCACAUUUCUUCGCUGGUCGGGGAAGAAACUUCGCAAAGCUUUGGUUUCGGUACCGUUAGCAACGAUGAUCUUCUGCACGAGGGCUGCCCUCCAGAUGGGAAGAAGUAUCCGCAGCUAGGCAAUGUGUCCUCUGCACCACUGCUGCUACAUGAUGAUGUUGAGUUUAACACUGGAACGAUGCUCUCUUUCACUCCUCGACAGCAAGUGAAUACAAACUUUGACAACCUGCAGAUCAGUCACAAGGAAUUCAGCGGCCUGCAUCACCUGAACCUCUCCUCAUUGGUUUCUGGGCAGCUUUCAUCAUCUUUUAACGCACCAGUAGGAGCACAUAAUCCUAAACAGUCCAACGAAGUCAGCAGUGGCAACAAUGGUAUGAUUGCUCCAUUCGUAACUCGAUCUGAAGGCACAAAUGGCAAUGGGAUUGGUGCGAACGGGGCUCCCAAGCCUCGCGUUAGAGCUCGCCGAGGCCAGGCCACUGAUCCACACAGCAUCGCAGAGAGGCUCCGAAGGGAGAAGAUCUCCGACAGGAUGAAGAAUUUGCAGGAGCUUGUUCCAAACUCCAACAGGACUGACAAGGCAUCCAUGCUCGAUGAGAUCAUCGACUACGUCAAAUUUCUUCAGUUGCAAGUCAAGGUUCUUAGCAUGAGCCGACUUGGCGCGACCGAAGCCGUCGUUCCGCUUCUGACAGAAUCUCAGACUGAGCAGAGCUCUGGGCUCCUCCUGUCCCCGAGAUCCGGCAGGCAGGGAGGAGGAGGCUUGCUCGAGCAGUCGGAGCUCCGGGAUAGCUCGGCCUUCGAGCAGGAGGUGGUGCAGCUGAUGGAGAACAACAUGACGACGGCGAUGCAGUACCUGCAGAGCAAGGGCAUCUGCCUCAUGCCGAUCGGGCUGGCGUCGGCGAUAUCCGACCAGAAGGGGACGUCCUCCGCGGCGGUCCGACCAGAGAACGGCGGAGCUGCGGACGAUGGCGCCGGCAGAUGCGGCGGCAAGGGUGACGUAAAGAAAGUGCUGGAAGCAAUGAAGCCUUUUAGCAGUCCAAAGGAGAUGAAGUCCAGAGCUUAAGCGCCCGCUGUCUCUGAGAAAAAGGAAAUCAAGCCACCCAAAACCGAGUUUAGAUGUUUAACAGUUUGUUACUGUGUUUCACAAGUUCUUUCUUUGCAACUUGUAGCCUGGAGUCUGGAUCUAGCUUACAUGUGUAGUGUCCUUUGUUCAUCAGAAUAACUUCUGAUUAAUUCACCCCUAAUUCAAUUC